AUAUUAUUUACUCUCAGGAUAUAAGCACUGACUUUCUGUCGCCAUUAGUUCUUAAAAUCAUACUCUAGUUAGAACGAGCUAAUCAGCUUUAAUUAAAUAAUUAUUAUGACAAAUAUUUCACUAACAUUGGAAUCAAAUGUUGAUGGAAGGAGAUUUUACUAUCCUGGUGAGGAAUUAAGAGGAACUGCUAUACUAUAUCUGGAUAGUAUCAAGAAGUUUAAAGGAUUUUACAUUAAGAUUUUUGGGCAGGCAAAGUCAAAUUGGACGAAAGAAAGUGGGAAAAUCAAAAAAAUAUUUGAAGGCACAGAAGUCUACAUAAAUUCAAGGACAUACCUUUUUGGUGAACCAAGUGGAACUACAUUCGAGUUGCAACCAGGAACGCAUAAAUUUAAUUUUGUUUUUCCAAUUCCAUUUCAAAUUCCUUCUUCAUUGACUUUAAAAUUUGGAAGAAUAUUAUAUUAUGUUGAGGCAGUGCUUGAUAUUCCAUGGAAAUUCGAUAAGGAAGUUAAAGUUCCAUUUACAGUUUUUAGAUUUGAUGAUUUAAACUUUUACAGAAAUUUAAAGGAACCUGUUAAGCUUGUCGAAUCAAAGAGCAUUCUUACAUUCUCAGCUUUUGCAUUUAAAUUCAUUAAAAUGACAGUUUCUGUGCCUUAUUCAGGAUAUGCUGUUGGUCAAAGUGUUCCAAUAACGAUAAAUUAUGAAAAUGAAACUCAUACCAAAGUUGUGAAAACUAGCAUUAAGCUGAUACAAACAAUCACUUACUUUAGUCCAAUGGAUGGAGAAUCAAAACAAACUAGAAAGACAGUUGUGAAUGCUAAUUCAAUUGGAGUUGAUGCUAGACAUUCAAAAAAGUUCCUAACCAAUUUAAAAAUACCUCCAACAAUUUAUUCAAAUAGUAAGUUCUGCAAAGUCAUUACAGUAUGCUAUACCAUUGAUAUUGCAGCACAAAUGAGUAGAGUUCAGGUUGAACCAAAACUUUCUCUUCCUAUAAUUAUUGGAGGACUUCCGAUAAGAUUUGAAGAAGAUUUAGUAACUUCUGUAGUUCAGCCAACAGCACCACCUUUAUUUGAGCCAUUAGCUCCGGUUGAAGAAGAACUUGAUGAGGAUUUACUGAUGAACAUCAAAUUAAUUCUGGAACCGAAUGAUCAUGGAAAACAUAUCUAUCAUCCUGGUCAUGUGCUUAAAGGAACGGCAAUUUUAACAUUAUUACGGACUAAGAAAUUUAGAGGGAUUUACAUCAAGGUUUAUGGAAGAGCAAGAACUUAUUGGGCUAGACAGACACAAGUAUACGAAAGCAUAGAAGUUUAUAUCGACACAAAUAUAUAUCUAGUUGGGCCAAAGAACAAUCCAACAUUUGAAUUACAGCCAGGAACUCACAAGUACAAUUUUUCUCACAAGCUUUCUGAAAAGCUUCCAUCUUCAAUAAAUUUAAAGUACGGAAAUAUUGCAUAUUUUAUUGAAGCUGUGCCUGACAUCCCGUGGAUGUUUGGUCAGCAAUUUAAAAUCCCGUUUGUAGUUGCACGUUGCGAUGACUUGAAUUUGUACAGAAAUUUAAAGGAACCUGUAAAAAUUGUUGAGAAGAAAAACUUUUUUCCACAUGCAUCCCAAUAUAGUAUCCAAAAUGAUUCAAAUCCUCUCCACUUGACUGUUAUGAUGUCCCACUCAGGAUUUGUUGCCAAUCAAAUUGUCUCAAUGACUGUUCUUUAUAAGAAUGAAAGUGAUGUAAAUGUCGUCAAAACAACUGUGACUUUCAAUCAGAAGGUAGAAUUUAGAAGCAGCACAAUACCACAGUUAAAAAUUGAUGAAUAUAAACUUGUGGAAGUUCACGCAGAAGGAGUUGAUGCUAAGAAAUCCAAAUCAUUUCCUAUUUCUUUUAAAAUACAUAAUGUUGCUAGUUCCAACAGAAGAUUUUGUAAAGUAAUCACAGUCAGUUAUUUUAUUGAAGUUUUAGGAGAUUUAGGCCGAGAGCAUUCAAACCUAAAAGUGAAAAUUCCGAUUACAAUUGGUGACAUUCCUAUAAGAUCUCAAGAAGAAAGUUUAGCAGUUGAACCAUCAGCACCUCCUGAAGAGCCUCUAUCUGGAUUAGUUGCAGAUUUGCUGUUGGUUUUGCCAUCAUCACCUCCUUUAGAAAUACUUAUGGAUGACUUUCCUCCUUCAUAUGAAGAUGCAAUAAAGAUGAUUCAGAAUUGAGUUUAAUCAUUUAAAUCAUUGACUGCUGGAUGGAGUCGUUCACAAAUUGCAACAAAUUUUCAUAGGAGGAGUCAGGUCUUUUUUUCAAAAACUGUAUAUUAUG